AUGCAAAAUUUCGCCUACAAAAAAUUUUUCACCGCACUUCUUUCCUGUGACAAUCUUCUAAGACGGAGCUGCCCGAACACCGAAACCCAAGGCAAACGACCGUCGCCGCUGACCCCGAUCACGGUGAAGAACACGCUUCGCCUUGGAACUUCUGUGUUCCUUGAGAGUGUUUUACGAAGUUGUUGGUGUUCGGCCCUUUCGGCCAGAAACGAAAACAGUCUCAAGGAACGCAAAAGUUCCAAGGCGAAGCAUGUCCUUCACCGUGAUCGGGGUCAGCGACGACGGUCGUUGGCCUUGGGUUUCGGUGGUCGGACAGUUCCGCCGCACGCCACGAAAAACGUAAGGCAAAAUUGGAAAUAGAGAUUUCGAGCUGCGCCCAAUAUUUUUAAUCUUUUUUGAGCGCAUGAAUAUUGUGGUAGAUAUUAUUGUAACUCUGAGAGUUGGUAUAAUUUAGAGAUGAAUAGUAUGUCAAAAAUUACGUUUUUGUCAGUUUCAAGUGUUGAAUAUAAUGGAUGAGUUCAUGGAGGCCAGCCCAUUGCGCUCUGACACAAAAAUGAUUCUCCAGCUAUUGAUGUGUCUAUAGAAAAGGUAAGAUUUCUCUUUUUGCAUCCGGUUUAGGAACAACGUAGCCAAUUCAUUUGUGUGAAACAUCCUAGCGGAUGUUUUAAAAAAGAAAUUUGGAAAUUUCGUAGUUGAAAAAGGUCACUUCCUAGUUCAUUAAUGCAUCAUUUUGCAGUAGCUGAUGGUGUCUCCAGAAAAUGUAAGUUUUCUCUUUUUUCAUCCGGUUUAGGGACAAAGGAGUUGAUCUAUUUUGUGCGCCGUAGAACUUUGGCUGUGAAAUGCAACUCGCAAGUCCCACAGAGAAGAGAAUCGAAACUUUUCGUGGAUAAAAAUUUUUUGCAGGAUUUUCCGUUUCUGGUCAGACAAAAAAGUUUGUCUGACUACCAGACAAGAAUCCUCGCGAGGCCUCGUUUCUUGUCUGGAGUCCAGACAACAUUUUGAAGUUUUCGUCCAGACUAACGGCCAGACUCUUUGUUUUUUAUCUCAGACAAGAUUUGUAAAUUUUGUCUCUAUAGACAGAAAAUGCGCAAUUUUUGUCUAGAGGGCCCACAGACAAGAAAUGCGGGUUUUCUGCGAGGAGACCCGCUGAGAUGUAGAACGAACGCGCCUUAUAUUAUAUUAUAAUAACAAUGGGAGUUGAAAUUUGGCAGUUUUAACUGGCUCGUUCUGGAGGUCCGACAAUCACUGGGGCUUAUCGCUUGACCGGUCAUAUGUCACCAUCUUUCAAAAGAGUUCGUUUUGAUACUCCUUUUCCCUUCUUCGACCCUUAGUCGCUGAUAGAAAGCACUUUUUCAAAAGUUCUUCCGUUGAUAUCAGUUCCUGUUAUCAACCAACAAUCAAAACCGAAAGCAAUUGUUCUCCCUUUCCCAUUCCACAAAAAUUUCAAAAUUUCAUUAUUUUCCUUGUUGUUAUAGCCACCGAACGCAAUGUUUAGCCGGUUCAUUUGCAUUCGUCGCCUCGAGGCAUCACAGAGAGCGCCUUGUCCUUCUUUUCUGUUUCUUUUUUUUUCCUCGUGAGAAGAGAAAAGCCUCAAAGCCGUCUUCUCCUCGUGAUUCAGCUCGCGAGUUCGCUCACAAUUCGCGACAUUUUUCUAUGAAUUUUUUGUUUAUUCUUUUCGAAAGAAAGGUCAAUAUUUAUUACGGGUUUGGCGAGACAUUUAGUUUUCGCGCCGCAUUUCCGUUAGAAAAAAGGAGUUUUAUUCGAGUUUUUCGGGAUUUUAGCUAAAAUUUUUGAAAGAUUAGUCGAUAUUUGAUGAAUUUAGGUAUGAAUCACGUUAUUUUGAUCUCAAAAAAUAUAAUGAGACCCUGUUGCUUCAUAAACGAAUCGUCAGAGACUUCUUUCAGGUCAAUUUAUACGGUUUUUCUUGUUUUAGGUAUCAAAAAUAUUUUUUUUGUUUUUUCCUCAAAGCUGAUCGUAUUUUUGUGUAAAAUAAUGAUUGAUAGAAGUAACAGUAUCUAUCACUGUUCGAUUGCGCUAAACUUUUUUUAGAUUUCCAUCCAGUUUUUUGAUGAGUCAUGUCUAAUAUACUCUUUGCUCAAAAUUUCAAUAUUAUUGAGCUCGUCCUUGAGUAAACUAUGAUCCUAGCGUUUCACAAUGUCUCACGCCCUCUGUUCAUCGUGUUUACAUAAAUUAUGUUUUGAACAUUUCACGUAUAUUUAUCGAAUCUUCUCCUUGUUUAGAUAAUCGUUUGAACUUUCAUUUUUUUCGUACCUAAAUUUCCCCUCGAAAUCGUUGAAUCGACAGUUUUUAUCGUGUUUUUCAUUUUCAACUAAUUCGGUAGCUCGGAUUGGUCUCAUUUUGCGUUUUUCCAGCCGUGAAAUGGUCUGAUCUCAUGGAGAAGAUGACAGUCAACGAGUCGGUGUUUCAAUUUGUUUUGCGUGAGGUUAAGUCCAUGUUUCUGCCUGUGCUAAGGUCGGACUUUCACUGUGGAAAUGGAAGCUACCAUGAAGCGACAGCGCCGUCCAUUUUUGAGUUCGUCAAAAGUAAGAUUUCGAGAUUUUAGGUAUAGUUUUGAUUUUUUUUAUUGUCCGGAUUUCUUUUCUGACUCUUUUAUUCUGUUCCAAUUAAUUUUUGAUUAUUUCAGACCUGGAGAAGAGUCAAAUGAUCAUGUUGAUUAUCGGCUCAGCUCUUACAUUAAUUUGUGGUGUAGUUGGUAUUUUCGAGUGUUGUUAUGUGUAUCAGAAGAUCUCCUCAGAACGUCGAAGGAACAAACUUUACUUUCUGAUCACUCUUUUCCCUGUAAGUAACUGUAAUUUAAUUUUUUGACAUUAUUUUAGUCAAUUAUAAUAUAAUUUUUCGAUUUUUUUCAAUUUAAUACCUAAACAAGUCUCCGUAAUUGUCUAAUAUAAUACCUCGAGGCUAUUUUGACCCCUUACUCUUUCAGAUAUCGAUGAUUUUCUGUUUGGUUGGUAUGUUUUCUCCGCGAACUGCGCCCUUGGCCACAUCCGGCGGAAUGCUCUACUUUUUGUUGUGCCUUUUCGUUCUGGUUUCACUGAUCCGGCAUCUAACACAAGGACGAAGUCAGCUGUCCAGAGAGCUUCUGAUCGCCGAAAAGAGGAUAAAUUUCCAAUCUCCACCCUUCUGUUGUCUGAUUCCUUGUCUUCCGGAGGCUAGACCAACGUUGUAAGCCAAUUUUUUUUUUUUGACUGAUUUUUGGGAUUAUUUUUGUGCAGAAUUUAGUUAUAGAUAUUCUGAGGUAGAUUUUGUUCUCUUGAAACCUUUUCGAAUUUACAGGGUCUUAAAAAAACGUGAAGGAAAGUCGGAGGCUGUAACUUCCGGUGGAGGCGGUGCAGAGACUUCUUUUUUGGAAUACAUUUUUUUAAGCGACAUUAGUUUUUGUCUAGAAAAUAGCAGGAUUUUAAAGUGCAAACUGAGGUCGCUACGACCUUCUGAAGUAGGGGCAUUCCUACCCCGAAGACCAGUGUUUUUUUCGGUUGAAAAUCAACGAGAAAUGUCGGAUUUUUGCAACGUUUUGGCAAUUUCCUUCCUUUUUCUCAACAUCAACCUUAUCGAAAACCCCGAAGAAAUCCGACAUUUCUCGGUGAUUUUCAACCGAAAAACACUGGUUUUCGGGGUAGGAAUGCCCCUACUUCAGAAGGUCGUAGCGACCUCAGUUUGCACUUUAAAAUCUUGCUAUUUUGUAGACAAAAACUAAUCUCGCUUAAAAAUACGUAUUCCAAAAACGAACUCUCUGCGCCGCCUCCGCCGGAAGUUACAGCCUCCGACUUCCUUCACGCUUUUUGUAAGACCCUGUAUUUUAACGAGGUCUUUUUCCAGGCGAAACCUCCGAAUCCUCGAAUUCAUCGUGCUCCAAGCGCCGAUUGUCCGAGCCGUCGUCCUCUUCAUCGAAGCCACGAUAACAAUCGAAAUCCAACGAGAUGCCUCGUACGAAAUCCAACUAUGCGAACUGGGCACGUUGAUUUCGAUUUUACUCGCGGUUUUCGGAGUCCACACUUUGUUCCGGCUGGUGGCAGACCGAUUGGCCCAUUUCGGAUUCACGUGGAUGUUCAGGAUAGUGGAUGUGGCGUUGUUCUUGUUCUCCGCACAACACCCAAUCAUAUUCCAGAAUAUUUUGCUGAGAUUCGAUUUGAUCAGCUGCACAAAAGUCUUGACUCCGGCGGAGAAUGCAAGAUGUAAGUAAAGAAAGGGAGUUUUUGAGUGGCAUAUCGGUAGUUGAGGUUAGCAAAGGGGUGGAACCUAUUUUUGAUUAUGAAAAAUUAAGUUUUGUUAUGACUUAUAAUCAAGUUUUGCUAUAUUUUUUUGCAUGAUCCGGUGGCAAAAAACGUAAUAUUUUGCAUCCGGGAAGUAUCGAAAAUGUGGCAAAAUGCUUCCCUCUCCAAGUGAAAAAACUUCGUUUUGAAGGGCCUUUUUCCUCACAAAAAAGCUUUUGAAAUCUGAGUUUUUUUCACUUGGAGAGGGAGGUAUUUUGCCACAUUUUUUGAUACUUCCUGAUUGCAAAAUGGUACGUUUUUUGCCACUGGACGCCUACUGUAAUGCAACCUGCCCAGUAGAUAUAUUAUUAUUAUACAGGGUGACCCAAAAAAACGAUCAUCAAGACUUUUCGCAAUAAAAACCUUGUUUUUCGGUACAAGCACAAAUUUAUGAAUUCAAGCGAUAAACAGCAAUCAUGGUGAUCAAGUACUAAGCUGGUUUCAAAGCAGCAGCACUUGGCGGCGAUAUAGAGCUCCAAACAUGACUUAAAAUUUUGGGCUCGGGGCCGCAGCUUUUUUCGGGGAAAUCGUUCCCGUUCUCAGCGCAGCGAUCACUCAGUGACUCCAAACUUUUGUGACGUGUAGUACAGGUACCGCCCUCGAAUUGGAAAAAAAUUAUAGUUCAUCGGUUUCAUAUCCGGCGAGCAGGCGGAAAAAUCGGUUCCAUUACUGGUCUUGAGUCGCUUUUGCCUUGUGAGUCAGCGCUGAGUCUAGUUGAAGCGACAAAUUUGCAUCUCCAAGGUUCUUCUAAGUCAACGGAAGCACGACGAGAUGGAGAUUAACGCAGAGCUAGAAUUUUGCCCCCUUGAUCCACUAAAAGCAUGGAUUUCUUGCCGCUGGCACAAAUUCCGCCACAGAGGGUAACGGUCCGCAUUUUUUCGGGUUUUGACGUUAGCUAAUGUGCUCGGGGCCUCAUGGGAUCAGAUCCUGUCAUUCUGGUGGUCGUGCAUCCGCUAAACAUUGAACCACGAAGGGAAUGCGCUCACACCUCUGAGCCCUUAAGUUUCAGGCAUCUCUGGCGCUCUACGCGCUUGUUGCCGUCCUUGAGGGGUUGACCUUUUUGCAGCUUGUACAGUACGGGGUUGAGCUUAUCUUUGGCUAUUCGGUAGACGAAUCGAUCGCUGAUACCGUUCUUGCGAGCGAUUUUUUCUUGAAAUUCGCGGAUUUUGUUGUUAAUGAUCCCGCGUCUCGCAGAAUUGUUGGCGGUGCGUUUUCUUUCACUUCCUGGACGCCGACUACUGUUGCCAAGCUACCUGUAUCUUGUGAUUGUUUUCGACACAGCGUCCUUUCCACAUCUACCAAAUUAACAAGUUUCCUUUUGUCGCAACGGUCCCAAAAUCGCAGUCCCUUUUUUUGACAUUAAAAAAACAUGUUAAUCAAUCGAUAUGGACAUGAAAAGGGAAGUACUAGGACAGAAAAACACGGAGAGUUUAAUAGUGCAAUAAUUAUUUCCCUGCACCUAAAAAUUUUCGCGUUAGGACACAAACAAAUUUGAUGAUCGUUUUUUUGGGUCACCCUGUAUAUAAACACCAUUUUUUCAGUCCUUUGCAACUUCAUCAUCAUCUGUGAGCUCUUCUUCCUCUCCAUCCUCGGUUUUGUGACCUUGGCUCCAAGCCGCAACCGCCUCUUCGACCUCUACAAGAACGAUGAUCGUGCCCCCAUUGUCGAGAACGACUCUCUCACUGAAACCAUUGACCAAUCAAGCGGGACCGGCUCUGUGAUAUGCUUCAACAAUCCCUGA